AUGGGGCACCGAAGUGUAAGGCACCGAGGUAUGGAUGCCAAGAUAAUUCGGCUCGCCGGAGACAUGUGGUGUGGCAAUGGAUGCAAGCCAGUGAGAACUCAUGUACCACUUAAUUAUCAUAUUAUCUCUUGUACAUGUAACAACCCGAUGGAACACGGGACGCUCUGUGUUCAGGCGAUCAUCUUCACUUGCGCUAUCGCCGUCGCCCUGGCAGCACCCCAGAGCCCAGAAUACCUUGCCGAAACGCUGUUGGAUGAGCGCCAGGACAAUGGAGACGGCAAUUUCAGAUACUCUUUCCAAACCAGCAACGACAUCAGCGCCUCUCAGGUCGGCACGCCCGGGAUCCUGGGUCAGAGUAACGUGCAAGGCUCAUUCAGAUUUCCUCUCACCACCGGCGGAUUCGCAGAAGUGUCUUACAUAGCCGACGAGAAUGGCUACCAACCCACGUCUGACCUGCUGCCCACGCCGCCUCCCCUUCCAGCCCACGUUUUCGAGCUGCUACGCAUAGCCGACGAGCAGCGUGCGCAAGGAAUUACUUUCAACUAGAUUUCAGGAAGAAUUAUUUAUAUUCGCGCUUUUAUUUGUAAAAAAUGGAGGCAACUUUUUGGGAACGAUUAAUACUAGAAGUGUAGUGUAAUAGUGUUUUGGCUAGGAUAUCUAAAUUUGCUUUCUAGCGGUAUCUUGUGUAUCUUUGCGUAACACCAUAGUUUUUUCUUCACAAUGACACGGUUAUAUACAUCCUAUUACCAUUAGACUUUCAACCACGGAAGGAGCCACAUUCGGCGGGAUAAAAUGAAAAGAAGCGGGAGGUUAGCAUCAAACAUGGGAGGGCGAGGCCGUUCGGGUCGUUAAACAACUUGAGUCAUUAAAUUUGACUUAAAUGCGACUUUGCAAUUUUUUCCAGUUUUAAACUCACCCUUAGCGACUUUUUUGUUCGUGGGUUAUGUGCGUGUGUUUGGAAGGGGGGAGGGUGAACGUCGAUUCUUACACUGUAAAAUCAAUGGAUGUAGUCAGAAAUGACCAACUAAGAAGUAGGGAUAUUUUGAGAAUUUCCGUGGUUCGUAUAUUUCCUCAUGUACGUUCAAUAAAGAAUUAAAUUCAUGAA